CUGCAAACAUAGCUAUUACUCCUCCUACAGAAAAAACCUCAAAAAUUAAGCCUGGUAUAGCGAGCAACAGUGCACUUAAAGGCUGCGCCUAAGUCCUGGCAAUGGGACGAGUGGUCUGUCACCGGCAGAAAAUAAACCAUAAAUCCAUUCUGAGAAGUCCCCGAGUCCUAAGCCCUCGGCGACCCAUCCUCGGAUGCUUUGCUAACACCGAUUUUGUUGAGGAUUUCUGACCAUUGUUUGUGGGGGCGCCCCCACCGAGGCUCAACCCUGUUUUGUGUUCCCCAGGUACCCAUCAGGUCCAGACUCGUUUUAGGGCCUGGCCAUGGUCCGUGGGGGCACUUUGCAGAUCAACGGAAGCACCAACCAUGGCGUCCGGUGCCGGCGUAUUGCCACUAAUGCCUGUACCGGGAUCAUCACCUUCUUUGCGGGUACAACUUGAUUUCCAUCAUCCAAGAACGUCUUCCAUAAUUGUGGGUGCAGGAUGUUGGAGGAUGCUGGAGGACGUUCACGCAGGCUCCAAGCUGAGAAUUCGUGGUGGGUGGACCAAACUGGCGAUAGCAUUGUGGUCUACGCAUCCUAGCAGUUUGGAACCUGCAACCACCGUUCCUCGCAAUCCCAUCCGAGUGUUCCCGUCUGCUCAUACCUCGCGUCUGAAAAGUUUCCCAGCUUUCAGUAUAAGUGCAGUUGACACCCACCGUUUAACUGCAAAAUCGCAUUGCCCCAAAAUCAGAAAAAGACCAUGAACUGACCAGGAACUCUACACUCGACCACCAAACACCUAUACAUACUUACCACCACUGGAGAUGCCGAAACCUCACGGGCCACCACAAUCCUCCCAACGCCCGCCAUGGGCCCAUCUCAGGGUCCUGGGCAGUCCCACGCAGCAAAGCGUGGACGUCCACACCUGCCUUGAACCACAGACGCCUACCAGGUGAGCCCCAGCCAUGCUGACACCUUCCAUAUUCUGGAACCAUGGCCCUCCCAUUGCCCUCCCUCGGCCUAGCCACCAACCCAGCUUACAUACCUAGGUCGUGCCGUCCCUGAAACGCCAUCCCUUGUAGUGUGGCCGAUAGCCUUGGCCAUCGCUGUCAAGGGUAUUUUC